AUGGAGGUGGGGCGUGUGUCAGGGAGCUUCAUCCUCAGGUCCUGCAGCAAGAGGAGGCUCUUCAUCGCAUCUGGUACGCUCUCAAGAGGUGGCGACUCAUCUCCCGGUGGACCGUCCUCUUCCCGACGAUGGCUUGUUCGUCAAUCAAUCGGAGAUGAUUUACUCGAUGGAUUCGUGAUCCUUUUAUCGCGAAUCAUUCAGAAAUUUUAGUAGCAAUGCUCCGCGAAUCGCGUUGACGAGAUUUUCGCCAAUGAUCCAGUGAUUCUCGUUGCUUAAUCCUUCACCGGCGAUCUGCAGGAAAGUUGCAAUAAUCAGAUAAAAAUAAAUGAAUUUUGACUCUAGGAGGAUUCGAACCCGCGCCGGUUGUCUACCCCUUUUGAGGAAGGUGUGACGCGGGUUUAGUCCCACAUCGGUUACGCGCCGAUUUUUCGGGCAAAUAUAUAGUAAUGUUAGCUUUCUAAGCAAAGUUCCUUCUCUCACGUGUACGACCACUCCUGGCCCCACAGCCAGCUGGCCACCGGUGACGUGGAAGGGGAGUGGCGCACACGUGCCCCUAUCGGUCCAAGCCGCUCGAGCCCCUGCUCGCAGCUACUCCCUGACUGAGCUUCCAACCUGCUUGCGGGCCCGGCUGGCCGGCGGGUCCCCCCCAUUUUGUUCUAUUUUUAUUUUUAUUUCUUUUUCUUCAUUUAUCUCAAAAGCAAAAUUGUAAAAAUCAUAUAAAUUCAUGUAAAAUCACAUAUUUACCUAAAAAAUCACAUUAAUCAACUGAAAACCACUUUUCAUACUUUAACACAAAUAUAAGUCUAUUUAUCAUGAGUUAAGGCUAAAACUAUAUUAUUUACUAAUUAUUAACUCAUGAUAAUAAAGACUUAUCGGUAUACAAAUUCACAUUGGUUGCUCGCUUGCAUGAGAGAGAGAGAAUAAAUUCUCAAGUACCCUUAUAUAGUGACAUUAUCAUAAUAUCUCAUUUUUAUAAAUAAGAGAUAUUUUUGAUAUUAAAAUCAUAGCAUCAUCACAAGGAAGCUGUGACCGAGUUUAGUCCCACAAAAAUUAUACACCGAAUUUUAAGACAAAUAUAUAGUAUUACGAGAUUUGGGAAUCAAUGAGUCCCUUUCUCGUGUGUGUAUGGCCACUACUUGCCACAUGCUUGGUUGGCCACCGGUGAUGUGGAAAGGGAGCAACACACAUGUGCCCCGAUCGGCCCACAACCACUCGAGCCCCAACUCGUAGCUCCUCCCCGACUGUGCUUCCGACCCACUUGCGGGCCUAACUGGCCAACAGAUCCCCCUCUUUUUUUUUAUUUUCUUUUUCUUUAUUUAUCUCAAAAAUAAGAUUAUAAAAAUUAUAUAAAUUCACAAAAAAAUCAUAUAAUUAGCUAAAAAUUCAUAUUAACCAAAUAAAAAUCAUUUUUCAUAAUUUAUAAGAAAUAUAAGUUUAUUUAUUAUGAUUUAAGAGUAAAACUAUAUUAUUUAUUAAUUAUUAACUUAUGAUAUUGAAGACUUAUCACACCCCUCAAUUUGAAUCAUUACUAAUCCCUUAACAAUAGAAUUACGAAAAUUAGUAAAAAUUCAUAAAUCUCAAACAUCAUAUUUCAAUGCAUAAAAAUACAAUUAGAAAUGAUGUACAUCUAAAUAUUUUGAACUCUUAUAUCAAGGAUUUAAAAAUGAUGGCAAACACUUAAAUCUUUAAGUACUCCUUAGAAUAACAAUCUAGACUUCACUUCUUCUAUUCACAUCUUUAUCACUUUUCAACUCAUAGAUAUAACUCACAAGAUGUUCCAAUUAUCAAUACUCAUCUAAGAAUAAUAUUGAUCUUACAUUUCUGUUUUUCUAUGGCUUGAUUUUUUAAGUUCAUACUAUAUUUCUUCUUUUUUUUUACUAUAGUAGAUAAGUAGCUUUUCUUAUAGACAAACUUUGACAAUAAGAAUGAUGUCUUGCACCCUCUAUGUGUACUCUUCAUUUCUAGGUGACGUGACUUAGUCGUUGUAUAUUAAAUCAUGUAAAUAUUAAAUUUAUAAAACUAGAAAAUAUGAAUUUUUGGAUAUUUAGAAGUAUUUCUGAACAAAUAUAUCAAUUAUAAUUCAAUAAAACUUCCAAAAAUAUCGGUAAUUUUCCAGGUCGAUCACAGGGUUGUAAUAUAAUAUAUGGUAAUUAUUCAGAAUUUUUCUCAAUGAAUACGAUUUUCUAUGAAUUGUAUACUAAGAAAUUAAAAGGAAAUAUAUUUAAAAUUCACGAAAAAAGGAAAUAAGGGUGCGGACGUCAGGAUGACGUCAAUGCCCGGCGAACGCAAAUCGGGUGGAAACAGAGUUCCGCCUGGCGAUUCUUACGUAAGCGAUUACAAAUGAUUUAAUUAAUCAAAUUAAGAUCUGUAAAAGCCAGAAGAAUCGUAAUAGAACAAAGUAUAUUUUGGUAAAUUAAAAUCACAAAAACUAUCACUAAAUGAAGCGUAAAGUAAGUUGAAAGCAGGAAAACAGAGUUCCGGCGUCGCGACGGCGAUGCGUCGGUGAUGCACCAGAAUUCUGAGUGUUCGAGAGGAUCAUCGUGCAGUGUCCACGGCCUCGAAGGCUCUCUUUGGACAAGGACAACGUGGGCAAUCUCUAGAUCUUCUCGCGAAGUCUAGAGAUUAAUGAAAUGGGUCGUCGAAUCGUCUCCAGUGGCUGUCACCCGGCAGAGCGGAAAAACGGUGACUUUGCGAUUCUCUAGUGGUUGUCACCCGACGGAGAGGAGCUGGAUGGAGGUGGGGCGUGUGUCAGGGAGCUUCAUCCUCAGGUCCUGCAGCAAGAGGAGGCUCUUCAUCGCAUCUGGUACGCUCUCAAGAGGUGGCGACUCAUCUCCCGGUGGACCGUCCUCUUCCCGACGAUGGCUUGUUCGUCAAUCAAUCGGAGAUGA